GUGGAUGCGGAGAUCCUCCGCGGCAUCUCGUUGCGUGCCUCCCUUCGGCGUCGGAGCAAGUCUCGAUAUGUUGAACAUUUCGACGUCUUUCUAUCACACACGUGGCAUACAUCUGGAGCGUGGAAGAUGCUUUCUUUGCUGCUGCAAGCUGGCUGGAAGUGGGUGAUUUUCCUCUAUGGCGUGAUGGUCGUAGUUGUGGCUCUUCUUCACGCAGCAGACAGUUUGCCCCUGCCCUUCGACUUUACACCGCAGUGCCCGAACUUUACGGUGACGGUCCCAUAUGCACCAUGGACGCUGCUCCUUACAUUCUUUUCCUCAAUCAUUGCGAUGCUGUCAGCUCCGUACUUGCCCGAGGGCUACGGCGCACCACUUGUAUGGGAUGCAGUCUGCUUCCUGGAUGCUGUGAGCAUACACCAGACCGAUGCUGCCCUCAUGGAGCGUGGGGUUUACGGGCUAGGCGGCUUUUUGAAGGUAUCGAAGGAGCUACGUGUGCUUUGGAGCCGCCCGUACCUUUCACGGCUGUGGUGUGUCUUCGAGUUGGCGGCCUACCGUCACGCGAACCCAUCAGGUCGGAUUACGCUGGCGCCACUCUUCGUCGAAAGGGCCAUGUUGAUCCUGUUCUUCGCCACCUACUUCGCCAGCUCGCUCUUCAUUACCUUUGUGAUACUGGGCGGCUUCCAGUCGCUCAACCCCCUGGCCGGGUUCAGGGUUUAUAUAGGGUCUAGGACCAAGCCCCAGGGAGUUGUCUUUCGGUCGUGGAGGGCUAAGGCUGCCACCAGGUGGUCUAAUGUAGGAACCUGA